UGCUCACCAAGAAUGUCGCAGAACAAGCUUUUGAGGCAGGUGAAGAAGUUCCUCCUUACACAAGAGUCUCCACUAUUGCUGGUGGAAUCUACACUGGUAGUCUGAUGUUGACGAAAGAUGAAGAUAUGGAAGAGGAAGUUCCUGAAGAAGAUCCUGCAGUUGAACCUGAGAAAGAUGAAGAAAUGUUUGAUGAGAAUGCAGGUACUUUUCCUUCAGAGGGACCAAAGAUGGAAGUUGACCAGGAGGAAGCUAAGGAGGAGUCAACACCACACUUUCUGUCAAGAGAGAUAGGUGAGGACUCAGCUGCAUCGUACUUACCAUCAGGUGAGAAGGAUGGCGUACUUUCUUCAAUUCUAAGGUUGGCUGUGUCAUUGCUGUUUGUGUGUCUUACAUGUUCACAACGUUUUACCUCAUGAGAAUUUUGCCUCACUCCGCUUGAUGUCCCACCAGUUCGGAUGCACCCCUGCUAGUUUUCGUCACCUACCCUCGGCCUCAAGUUGAGGUCGCUACCCUACCUGACGAAUGAUUUUGUGUGAGGUGGUGACUUUUUCGUGGAGAAUGUCAUGGAAGAAUUGGACUACCCUGGGGAGUUCUUUUUUGACAAACGCACGGAGAAACUCUACCUUUUCCACAACGGUACGGGUGCUCCACCUACAGAUUCGAUUGUUGUUCCACAGGUGCAAGUUCUGGUGAACAUCACUGGAACCCAGUGGAAACCUGUGAAGGGCGUGCAAAUGAAAGGUCUUCGUUUCUCUGCCGCAGCGCCAACUUACAUGAUGCCUUAUGGCGUCCCAUCGGGUGGAGAUUGGGCGCUGGAUCGGUACUCUGCAAUCUUCAUGCAGGGCACGCAAGAAACCUUGAUUCAUGGAUGCACCUUCGAACGUUUGGAUGGAAACGCUGUGAUGGUUUCGGGGUAUAAUCGCGACACCACGAUCCAGCAGAGUGACUUUGCCUAUUUGGGUGGCAAUGCUGUGGCAGUUUGGGGCUACACCAACGAGACCGGCAGUGACCCGGGGCGCCCAGGAGUUGUGUUGGCAAAUGCACCCCAGGCUGGGGUGGAUGGCACAGAUGGUGAGCAUCCGCUAAGGACGACGGUGCAGAACUGCUCUGCCCGCGAGAUCGGUUUGUUUGAGAAGCAGAGCAGCUUUUUCUUUCAGGCCAAGGCCGCAGAGUCCCGGAUUUUGUCCAACGUUUUCUUCAAUGGACCCCGUGCAGGGAUCAACUUCAAUGAUGGGUUUGGAGGUGGUGAUGAGAUUGCGUGGAACUUGAUCUUCUCGACCUGUCGGGAGAGUGGCGACCACGGCCCCUUCAAUUCCUGGGAUCGACAGCCCUUUCUGACCACCGUCCGGACUGGUGAGCCUUCCAUGAUCAUGCAGUGGCGCUGGAUUCAUCACAACUUCAUGGUGGACAACUUCUCUCCUCAAGAAGCCAUCGACAAUGACGAUGGAAGUUGCUAUUACAAGACCCAUGACAACUUUUUUGUCUACGGAUGGCAAGCCAUGAAGACCGACUUUGGUGGCCACGAUAAUCAUCACUACGACAACAUCUAUGCCUAUGUGGACCAUGCCUUGGGUGUUGACCCCACACUUCCCGGCCAUGAGCAAUAUUUUUUUGCUAACUAUGUGGUGAUGCAAGGAGAGAUGGUGGGCACCUGCUUACCCCAGAAGCAGAUGUAUGGCAACCGCUACUUCACUCCCUCAGGCAAAUUGCAAGAGGGAUGCCAAGGCUUUGGUGGCCAAGUUUCAAAGACCCCAAGUGACGCAGAAAUUUUGACCCAAGCUAAAAUGAAGCUUGGCACACUGCUAGAUAUUUCACUUGUCGUAUGAGGCAGCACAGUUCUAGUUCUAGUGCAGUUUUGAAGCCAAAAGGCCAAAUGGAGUGAAAGUGGCCAGUGCCCUGGCUAGUGACAAAGGAGCGUUUGGCUAUUUGUCGCGUAGCAAAAAUGAUGCAUGCCGUGUGCUUUUCUUUUGAAAUGUGGUGAAUUUGGGGUCCUGGCUCUUCUAAGUCGUGAGGCCUCACUUCUAUGCGGUCAAAUGCGGUCCAGAGAAUUGUGUAGCUGGCUCACAG